UUAUUUAUCAUGCGUCUCCCGGUACAACAGUGUACCGCAAAGACAAUAGAAGAGAAUGCGCCUUAGAAGGGGGAGGCUAGUUUUUGGCCAAUCGGUUCCGUAGCACGCUCGUCCGGGUUCAAUUUUACAAUUCAGGGCAGCUGCCACUUCCAUCACGUUGGAUAUUGAGCCGGUGCUGAUACUCCUGUACAUAAAGCUAGAAUCUACCUUUUCGCGAAGACGGGGGCGUCCUUUCCCUUCCUGCUACGUUAGCAUCGUAUGACCUUCAUGGACUUGGAAGCCCUCUUCAUCUACUUGCGGAACGCCUCCUCUUCACUCGACGCGCAGGUCUUGAAGAUUACCAUCGACUCCUUAUCCCUCCCUACCACAUUCCAACCUCAAAUUUGCCGUGAACUCCACCUCUUAGCCUUUCAGCGUGGCGACGCGAGCGUUCGACAGGGUCGCUUACAAUUUUUUGAAGGUCUCCUGUCGUCCACCCAACAUGACGUGGUCCUGCAGCUGUCACGACUGAAGAAAGUCAUUUAUCCUGUUUAUGGUCUUCCCCUUGACAUCCUAAGACUGAUUUUCGAGAACGCCACAGGCGGGAGGCAUCAGCCACUCACCUCCAAGUCCAGAACUGCCGUAAGGAUCAGCCAUGUAUCCUCGUGGUGGCGGGACGUCGCGCUUUCGGAUACCUCCCUCUGGGGCGAAGUCUGUGGUAGCUGGCCACGAGAUCAAGUGCUUGCGUGGCUGCGUCGACGUGGCAAGGAGAGACCAGUUCUCCUCAACUGUCAGAUACCCUGGGUAGGACAACUUCUCGCUGAUCGAGAGCUCCUAGCUCAGCUUGCGGAGUCGAACGUAUCCACGAUCCGACUGCACUCUUCCACGACCGGGGACAAUACUUGGCUCAGUGCUUGGAAUCACCCAGAUAUGGCCGGAAUCUUGUCACGUAUUACAGAGCUUCAUUCUCCCAACGUCCCCCCUCACGACCUCCAGGAUGCCAAUCUCGAGGUGCUCUUUGUUACCACGAUGUUUGAACCUCAACCUGCUAUGCCCAAGCUACCUCGUCUUCACUUCUUGUACCUAGAUCAGAUGGGGGUAGCAUGCAAUGUCUUCCUGGCUUCCCUCAGGGAAAUGGAGGCUCUUGAGGUACUUAUUCUUAAUGGUGUGGAUGUUUGGCCAACCGGGCGCACGGAUCGGCUCACCCUGCCAAACCUCCGGGAGUUUACCUAUCUUUCAGGUCAACACCACAUUAUGAAUUUCCUUCCCUCAUUCGCUGCUCCAUGCUUGAGACGAUUACAUCUGGGAUUCGACUGGGGAGGCCCGAUUAGCCAAGCGGAACAGUCGAUCACCGCUAGAUCCUACUCUAACUUCGUAUGUUUAAAGCAGAAUCAACGCUGUUCUUAUCGCCUGUUGUCCUGACUAGUCGUUGAUCAGAUCCUUGAAUGCUCGGAAGUGCGCUACCUCACGCUUGAGGUGAUCUUGACUCGCAUCCUCUCCUCGGUGUUGGAAGAACUUAGCCUGGCCGCAUCCAUCCUCCCCAACUUGGCUAAGCUCAUGCUGCAGAUGAGCGACG